CCAUGGGGUUGUCCCACUUUCAAGUUCCUACUCACAUGAGUUUCAGACAAGUAAUCGGUUCAGUCUUACUUGCGGUCAGCAUGGUGCAAAUUAUUCAAGUCUCUCGAAAUUUACGCUCACUCAACUGUUCAAAGGACAUAAAGGAGCAGGAGCUAUGUAUUAUAUAUGCAAUUAAAUUAAGAACAAGAAAAAGAAGAGCUAUGUAUUAUAUAUGCAAUUAAAUUAAAACAAGAAAAAGAACAAAAUAAUUUGUAGGAAAGGAAGAAAAUCAAACCAAAGCACACUAAUGGGCCUCAAAAAGCACAUGUGAACUUCAUCAGGCCUCGUUGAUCCAGUUUCUCUUCUGGCCCGGACCAAAGUCCAGUCCAGUUUCUCCGCUGUGACUGACUGUUCUUCUUCGUUGGUUCUCUCUCUACUUUUCCUGUUAUGUUCAAACACAAACGUUUCUUAAACCCUAAUUUACAUACCACGCCGUAAUCAGUGCUACAGCUGUGGCGAUGUGGUGCGGCUUCUGAAGGGUAAAGCAAACAAAGAGUUGAAACUUGAAAGCUGUGAAGCUGGCAUGGCGUGCUUGAGCAUAUUUUUUCCGGAAGAUUUGGUGAUUGACAUUGUCGCUGGCCUUCCGGUGAAGUCGCUGAAGCGAUUCCGGUGCGUUUCGAGACCUUGGUGUAAUCUUAUCGGAAACCCUAAUUUUGUCUCCAAGCACCAUCGGAAACAAAUUAUUCUCGAUGAAGGUAUCGGCACCGUCUUUGUGACGUACAAUGAUGAAGUAAAUAAUUAUGAAGCAACCAUCACAACUCUCAAACUUGAUUGUGGAAAUACGAUCCCUCUAUCAGAAACCAUUCCCAUGCCAACACUACACGGAUCCAAUGAUGGAUGCUGUAAAUGCUUUGCGGUUUGUGGUCCAAUUAAUGGCAUACUCUGUGUUUAUGAACGUUGGCCAAAGUGUGAGGAUAUUAUCCUCUGGAAUCCUGCUACAAAAGAAAUGAAGACUCUACCUUUGACCAACUUGAAGCCAGUCUCUACAUUUCUAGACUCUUAUGGCGAUAUUGGGUUUGGUUUCGAUCACAGAACUAAAGAUUACAAGGUGUUAAGGUUUGCUAGUUAUCCUUCAGCUUCAAUUGAUCAGGUUGAGUUAUUCUCUCUAGAGAGUGAUUCUUGGCGAGUGAUUCCCAUUGUGGAUGUUUUUCCACGGUUUGGCGCUUAUCACAUUUACAACACUUACAAGGAUGGAGUUUCUUAUUGGUUGGGGGCUGGCGUUAGUUAUCGGGAUCCAGUGUCGGAUCCUCAAUGCAUCUUGUCGUUUGACAUGGCCAAUGAAGUGUUUGAAAAACUGCCACUGCCCUCAAAUUUGGAGAUGUCUGGUUUUUCUGUCUUGGAUUUCAUGAAUGAAAAUCUUUCGCUAGUGCUUUGCCCAGAUGAGGAUAUGGAGAAAUGCUUUGAUAUAUGGGUGAUGACUCAACAUGGUGUCAAGGAGUCUUGGGUGAAACAAGUGAGUAUUGGAAGAAUGGCGGAUUGUUUCUGGCAAAUGAUGAGGGGCAGCUGGUCUUGUAUGACGGCCCUACCAAACAGUUGAGGAACCUUCCACUUCUUGGGUAUUAUUGUCUGUUGCAAGUUAUAAAAUAUGAAGAGAGUCUUGUUCCAAUCAAUGGUAGACGAGUUUGACAAGAAUCCCGAAAUCAAAGAGCCAUUGAGGAUCAACAACUCCUAAUGAAGGAUCAAGGAAGAACAUUAAAAGAGAACUCUGUCUUGCAUUUGAAGACAUAUGGCAUGCCUUUCAGUUCCCUUUUUGGGAUCUUACUGUAAGCUUCUUUUCUGUGAUGUUCAUUUGCUGGACUGUGGAUACAAUUGUUACUAAUUUUCAUUUUUUGCUUGUGUUCUUUCAAGUCCCUGGUUGGCUAUAAUUGUAUUGUUAUCUUGUUGCAGCAAUUAACAUGAGCAGUUAUGUGAAGAUUGCAUCAAAUGAUUCUGCUCUAAUCCUUGGUUCUGAA